UUUAAAGAAGUUAACAAGUUCUAUUAAUAAUAAAUUUGCAAACAUAAAAAAACUUUCAAGGCAACAAAAAGAGUACUCACUAAAAAAGAAUCUACUGAAAUUUACUUUGAAAGAUAAAUAAAAUAAUUUUUAUAUCCCCUAAUGAUUUACACUUAAGUGUCAGACGAACUUUCUUUUAAGGAUAUUGAGGCAUCAUUGGAUUAUGACAUAAAAUCUUAUAACAUUAUACAACCUCUUGGAUAGGGAGCGAAUGGCUUUGUCUGUAAAAUAGAAGAUUUUAAAUCAAAGGAAUGCUAUGCUAUGAAGGUUGUUGAUAAAAAAAGAAAAGAUAUCUAGAAUGUUAUGAAAAGACUUGAUUAAGAAAUUAAAAUUUAGAAGGAAUUGGAUCACCCUAAUAUAAUAAAAUUAUUUAAGCAUUUUGAAGAUGAUUAAAACCAUUACUUAAUCAUGGAGCUUGCUUAAAAUGGAGAAAUUAAAGAUUACCUAAACAUUAACAAGCCAUUAAGCGAAAGUUAAAUCUUAGAUUUUAGUUAUUAACUGGCCUGUGGAAUUAAAUAUCUACAUGAUAAAGAUAUAGUGCACAGAGAUUUAAAACUCAAUAACGUUCUUCUCUCAAAUGGAAAAAUAAAAAUUGCAGAUUUUGGAUUAGCAACAAAAGUUAAUGAUGAAAACCCUGAGUGCAACACUAUGUGUGGGACAGCAAAUUACUUAUCUCCUGAGAUAUUAAAUAGCAAGGGAUAUGGGAAAAAAACAGAUAUUUGGAGUUUUGGAUGUAUUUUAUAUGCACUUUGCUCAGGCAAUCUCCCAUUUUUUAGUGGAAAUCCUUCUUAAACUAUUUAAAAUAUAAAGGAAGGUAAGUGGUAACUGCCUUAAAAUAUUUCAGAUAAUGUUAAGGAUUUACUUUCAAACACUCUAAACUGGGAUUAAAAUUCUCGCUUUUCAAUAGAAUAAGUUCUAUCACAUAAAUUUUAUGAAAAAAAGCAUAAGCAAAGCAUUAUCAUUUUUAACUAAGGAGCUGAUGCUAUUUCUAACUAACAAAAUAAAUUGUCUACUCCUAACAAAGUACUUCUUGACUGGACUUCCCCAAGAUUUAAUGCACCUAUUCAUCUUUAAUAAAAAUCUUAAUCAAGUUAAAAAAAGAACAAGAGAAUAUCUAACCUAAAAAAUUAAAAGUCUUUGACUUCAAUGAAACUUGAUCUCAGUGAUUGCAAUAAGGAGAACCAGCCUAAUUUAAUAAAUAGCUCUAACAAUAAAAGUAAUAAUACAGCAAUAAUUGAAAAGCAAAAAAGUACUAAAUCAAAUACUUAUAAAGAAUAAUAAAAUAUAUAAAGCAAUUAACAAAACAGCUUAGGGAUGAGUAAUAUAUUUUUAACAACAGCAAGAUCAAUAAACUUGGCUGAUAACUCUAUAAUAAUGUCAACCUUAUAAGACAAUCAACUUAACAAUACAAAUAAUAAAAAAGAAAACACAAAACCUACAUAAAAACUCUAAUAUUAUUUAUAACAAAAUUCUAAUACUUCGUAAUAGUUGAAAUAGUCAUCUAUUUUAAAUAAUUAGGGCCAAGCAAGUGGCUAUAACAAUUCAAGAAACAGAUUUGAUCUAUCAUGCAAUAAUGUGAUAAAUUAAAAUAAAUCAUAGCAAUCUCUUUUACAGUACAAUGGAUAUAAAUCCUAGUCUGUCAUACCAUAAUAAUAGCAAGCUUUUUCUUAAAAUUCUUAAUAAAUUUCUAAUAAAAAUUAACCUUAGCAACAAAACACAAAAGAGUUAACACCUAAGUAAUUUAAUCCUUACUUAAGUUAAAAUAGUGAAAAAACGUAAUAAGAUUAUUCAAAUAAUGCAUUCAAAUCUUACAGGAGCACUUCAUCUCUUCAUUAAAAUAUAUCAAUUGCUAAUACCAGCUAAACAUAUAGAAAUCCUCUUUAAGAGUCUUAGAUAAAUAAAAAUAAUUAAUAAAGAUAAGAAGCUUUUGACAAUACUAAAUAAGCAUUGCACAAUGUUAAAAAACCUUUGUAAUAUUUUUCGUAAUAACAACAAACCUAAAAAGAUGGAGAUAAUUAAAUGUUUACUUAAUCACAAAACAACAAUACGAACAAACAAAUGAAAGGAGAUAACACUUUAAAUGGCAAUUUAAAAUACUCUAGUUUAUCUACAAAUUCGCAGACACUGAAUAAAAACGACGAAUCUUAUAUUCAUAACUAUCACUAACCUAGGAUAAGAUCCCAACAAUCCUAAUAAAAUGUUAAUUUAAGAGAAAAAAGUCCUUCAUGUCAAUUUAUUUAAAAAAAUUAAGAAAUCAGCUCACAAAAUAAUUGUGAUGGCAUUAAAGAUCUCUAAAAUAUAAAUAAAAUUUAGCAAAACUCUUAAAUCAAAAGAAAUUAUUCACAAUAAAUAACUCCUAAAGAGAUGCAAACAAAUUCAAACAUAUAAAAAUUAGAAUAUGCUAAUCGUAUCUCAUAGUUAUGCGCAAAAGGUGAUCAUAAUUUUUUACUAGAAAAAAAGAGUAGCUCUAACAGUAAUAAUAAUUGUUAAUAAAAUGUCUAAAGCAGUAAGAAUAUAAGAUCUCUUAGCAAUAGUCAAUUUACUAUUAACAGCAAUAUAAAAUAAAAAAUCCAAAAAGAUACUUCUGAAUUAUCAAUCUAAGUCACUGACAGAUAAAUUACAUUUUAAGGAAAUGAAUAAAAUGAAAAAAUUAAUUUUACAAAAUCACCAACCUAGAUUUAAACAAGAAAUAAUUCUAAGUCAUUCUCUUAGAGUGUAAAUUGUGCUCCAAUAGCUUCAUCUAAAGAAAGAAAAGUUUCAUUUGUUGCUUAGUCAGCUGAUUUAUAAGAAUAAAUAUAAAUAAUCCAGUCGAAAUCAACCCAAUAAACAGGUGCAGUGAAUUUUGCAGACUCUAAAACAUAGUACCAAAGCAACGAUACUAAUUCCUCGUUCCCUGUUUCUCCUCUUUCAACACAAGGUUUGAAAGCUAAUAAAGUUAACACUAAAAAUGGUAUAAUUGAAAUAUCAGAAAACAACUGGCUUUCAAUUGAAUGCUAAAAUGGCUAACUAAUUUUUAAAAUAUCUCCUAAUGGUGAAUAGAUUUAGAUAUAAAAAUUUUAAAAGAGCAAAUACUAGAAAAAGAAUUAUGAUUUAUAAUCCUUACCUGAAAAAUAUAUAAAAUUAUAUACAUAUGCAAAGGUUGUCUGUCAAACAUUAAAAUCAAAAACACCCCUAGUAAAAAUAUAAAACGAAAAGGGUACUUUUAUGCUUAUGUCAAACCAACCUAAGUAAAAUUAUGAAGUCUCCCUCUCUAACGGAUACAAAGUAAGCCAUGUAAUAGGUACUGACAUCAUGACUGUAAAAGAUAAGCAAAACAAAGAAUUCAUAGUUUACCUGAGCUAGCAAAAUCUUAAUAAAAGCAUCCCACAAGAAAUAACACUUGCAGUUAAGGUUUCUUUGGAACAAAUGAGUUCUUGCUUACAAAAACAAAAUGAAUAAUAUCUCGCUAAUUUUAAAUGA